CAGUAGAAUUCAAAUGAUAAUUGAGUGGAUCAAUGGUCGACCUCUUUGAAAGAUAGGCCAGCUUAUUAAGUUUGAGAUUACGCUCAGCUUUUUAGUCAGAGCUCAGAAUCGAUGAAGUGAAGAUGCAGCUGCUUACAGGAAUAUUAUUGCUGAUCGCCGCUGUUCUGCUUGUUGCCAUUGAGACUGAGGCAGCUGUCUCGCGGGGUAUCUUUAAAGACCCUGCUCAUCCAGGCAAAUGUGUGGUCGAUGGACUCGUUCUGAAUGACGGCCAGUCGGCUCGUCAUCCCAAAAUGUGUGCCCGUGUGGUGUGCGGCAAGAAUAGCGAAGGAGAGAUACAGACAUGUGGCGCUGUUGGGCUGCAGCCUGGCCAAAAGUUUGGCAAGUACACAGCACCAAAUGCUGACUAUCCCGACUGCUGUGAUCGUGAAAUUCUUAAAGCCUAGUUAACUUCGAAAAAUUAAAUAAAGAAACUAUUUUUGCUUUUCUUUUACGUGAA